AUGCCUAACUCAAGCUUGCUCGUACCGACGUCGUCGUUUCAAGUUUCCAAUGGUCGUAACCAAAACGAAGAGAAGAAAGUUGGUUAUUUCGACUUUGAAGUAGAUCCUGGCUUCACCGUUCGACUACGUCAGGAUACUGACCUUGCCAUGGACCCUAAGAAACUAAAACGGUCAAGGUGGAAGAAGCGUCAGUAUAUUGAAUAUCUAGAGAAGAAAACCAAAGAGCUCGAAAUGGAGGUGAGUGUGAGGCGUGCCCGACUCGAAAUGCUGAAUGAGAUGACUGAAUGUCUUACAAUUGAGCAUAGGGAGCUUGAGGAGCUUGCCUUUGCUACAAAUCAACGUUGUAUUUCCGCUCAAGCUGAGAAUGAAGCGCUUAUAGUGAAGCUACGAGAAGCUGGAGAUGAAAUUGGCUUAUUCGAUCUGGAUACCCUCAUGCACCUUCUUCUCUAG